AUGGUGCAGUGUGAUGGUUGCGAGAGAUGGUUUCACUUUACGUGCGUGGAAGUUACCGAAGGGACAGUCGAAAUCAGUUGGGUCUGUCCAGUGUGCUCAUCCGCACCGUACGAGACGGAGCAGGUAGUCCCUCCCAAAGACGUCCGAGUUGUGGUACAGGCAGAUAAUCCACCCCCAAUGAACAGCGGCGAAACAAAAUCAUGCGGAAAGAAGAGCAGCAAACGAAGCGAAAAACGGAAGCUGGAUUUGCGGUUGCAGAAACUUGAGGAACAGAAGAAGUUGGAGCAGAAGUUCUUGGAGGAGAAGUUUAAAAUCUUGGAGGAGUGCGAAGGCGACAGCGAGACAGAUUUCGACGACGAGGAUCUCGAGAAAAUGUCUAAAAUUUCGCAAUGGGUCAGAGACACGGAACGCGGAGAAGCAGCCCAAGAUUCCGGCGUCGUCGAGGAGGAUUUGCAAGAAGAGUAUGGACUUCCGGCUGUACUUACUGAACAGCGAGUACCAGUCGACCAACGACAGCCAGGCCAGCCACAUUUUUCGCAGGGUGGGCAGCGAAAUACAUUUCAUAUUCCCGAUUUCGCUCCCGAGCAACGCUCCACGCCACAGACGCGGCCGACGGUUCAUUCAAUCAACCCAGCAGCGCAAUGUUUUAUUCCUCCAGCGAGACCGCAGUCUCUCACGCGUCCACGGCUUACCGGUCCGGCAACGGAACCAGAACCGAUCCAUGCGGAAGAGACCGUUUGUAUUCUCAACCGGAGCCAGCUGGCCGCAAGACAAGCGGUCUCUAAAGACCUUCCGGAGUUCGCAGGUAACCCUGAGGAUUGGCCUCUGUUCUUUUCCAUGUAUACCUCAUCAACGCAGAUGUGCGGCUUCUCUAAUGAAGAAAACAUGCUGCGUUUACGCAAGUGCUUGAAAGGAAAGGCACUAGAUGCCGUAAAGAGCCGCCUGCUACAUCCUUCCAAUGUGGCUGGGGUUCUCUCAACGCUGAAGAUGCUCUACGGCAGGCCAGAAGCGAUCGUGCAAGCAGCUAUUAGGAAAAUUCGUUCACUUCCAUCCCCGGAAGUAGAUCGACUAGAGAGUCUGGUCAAUUUUGCACUCACUGUCGAAAACCUUGUGGCAACAAUAGAAGUAUGCGGCGUACGAGACUUCGUAUAUAAUGCUUCGUUGAAGUUCGAACUGGUUGAAAGGUUACCACCGGCGCUAAGAUUGGACUGGGCCAAGUAUACCCGAGGGAAUCCGGCUCCAAAUCUCCUAGACUUCAGUUCCUGGCUAUACUCCAUGGCGGAAGACGCGAGCGCGGUAAUGCAGACAUGCUCCACUGCUCCACGGAGUCGCAGUAACAAGAAAGACGCGUUUAUCAACGUCCACUCCGAGUCUAUCAAAGAUACGCGAGACCGAACACGAGAACCAUUCAAAGAAUGCUUCGUAUGCAAGGGUUCUUGUCCGGCAAUCACAAAGUGCAAACGGUUCGGCGAACUGAGCUACGAGUCGAAGUGGUCGGUAAUACGGGAAGCGAAGCUGUGCCGUAAAUGCCUGCGUAAACAUAAAGGCACAUGUCGGCAACAAAACAAUUGCGGAAUCAACGGGUGCACUUAUUUGCACCACCCUUUGCUGCAUAGCGAGAAAUCAAGAAGCGACACCGGAGCAGUAGCGGCAACGAAUUCCAGCUGCAAUAUCCAUCAAACUCAGACAAGCGAUGUCUUGUUCCGGAUUGCUCCAGUAGUCCUCCACGGUCCUGCGAAGACGGUUCGAACGUACGCUUUUAUCGACGACGGAUCCGAACUCUCACUCAUGGAGCACUCUCUUGCGCAGGAGCUUGGACUGCAAGGAUCUCAGACGGCCCUCUGCUUGAAAUGGACAGGAGAUACCAGCAGAAUGGAGAACAAUUCUCAAAAAGUGGAUGUGGCUAUCUCCCCUUCAAGAAAUACAUCCCAGAGGCAUAAACUCGCGGAUGUUCGGACUAUAAAGGAGCUCAAACUUAGGCCUCAGACCCUGAUUGCUUCCGAGAUGCAAAGUCGAUAUAGGCAUCUCGCUGGGAUUCCCUUCGAUUCCUACAUUGAUGUGAGCCCACGCAUACUGAUCGGACUAGACAACGCACAGCUGGGACAUGCGUUCAAAAGUCGAGAAGGCAAGCCAUCUGAACCGAUCGCCGUCAAAACACGUUUAGGGUGGAUCGUGUACGGGAGUUGUUCAUCAAUCCAACAUUCUGAAAGUCACAUCAACUACCAUGCCGUACAAGUGUGUGAGUGCAAUGAGGCUUCUGAUGAAAGUCUCCACACAGCAAUGAAAAACUAUUUCGCGCUUGACAGCAUGGGAAUCUCCAAACCUGAAAAGAAAUUACUCUCCGUAGACGACCAGCGUGCGAUGGAGAUCUUAGAAGCAGUAACAUACCGCAAAGACGGCCAUUAUGAAUCCGGUCUUCUCUGGAAGUACGACGCUGUGCGACUUCCCGACAGUAAGGCGAUGGCCUUGAGAAGAUGGGAGUGCCUGGAGCGUCGGAUGGAAAAAGACGAGGAACUAGCGGGGGCUCUACGCAAAAAAAUGUUUGAUUAUGUCCAGAAGGGGUAUGUCCGUAAAUUGACCAGUGAGGAGCUGAAGAUCCGACAUCCGCGCGAGUGGUACUUGCCAGUGUUUCCAGUUUAUAAUCCCAACAAGCCAGGAAAGCUGCGUUUGGUUUGGGAUGCAGCAGCAACAGCUCAUGGGAUCUCUUUAAAUUCGGUUCUAUUGAAGGGACCGGACCAGCUAACGUCCCUGUUGACUGUGUUGAUUCAGUUCCGGGAGUAUCGAGUUGCGGUAUGCGGAGACAUCCGGGACAUGUUUCACCAGGUUUUGAUGAGGGAGGAAGAUCAACAUUGUCUGAGGUUCUACUGGGAAGGAGAUAUUCAAGGUGGCGCGCCGAAUGUGUAUGUUAUGACAGUGAUGACGUUUGGUGCAUGCUGCUCGCCCACGACAGCUCAAUACGUCAAAAACAUCAAUGCGAAACGAUUCGAAGCCGAUUUUCCGCAAGCUGUCGAAGCUAUUGUGAAAAAGCAUUACGUCGACGACAUGCUUGCCAGCGUCGAAACUGAGGAGGAAGCGGUGAAGUUAGCACAGGAUGUAAAACGCAUUCACGCCGCAGGAGGUUUUGAAAUGCGAAACUGGUUAUCCAAUUCGUUGAUUGUCCGUGAAUCCCUACAGGAAGACACUUCUACAGAGAAGUACCUCGGGGCUGAAGAAGAAAACUUCACCGAAAAAGUAUUAGGUCUUUGGUGGAACACAAACACCGACUGUUUCACGUUUAAGGUGUCUCAACGAUACGACCGGGACCUGCUCUCUGGAUGCCGCCGACCUACCAAACGCGAGGUGCUUCGAACGCUAAUGAUGAUGUUUGACCCACUAGGCUUCAUUUCGCAUUUUCUAAUGUACCUGAAAGUACUGAUGCAGGAGAUAUGGAGGUCGUCGAUUGACUGGGAUACCCCUAUUGAAGAACCACAGUUCCAGAAGUGGCUGGUUUGGCUCAAAGUUCUACCAGAAGUAGCCAAUGUCCAGCUUCCACGGUGUUAUAGACUUUCAGUGUCAAUGGAUAGCAGCUGCAACAUUCAGAUGCACACGUUCGUUGACGCGAGUGAGAGCGGGUUCGCUGCGGUUGUGUACCUAAGGUUCGAACAAGGAGACGUUACAGAGACCGCAUUCGUCAGUGCAAAAACCAGAGUUGCUCCACUGAAAUUUCUCUCCAUUCCCCGCUCAGAACUGCAAGCCAGUAUUCUUGGUGUUCGGUUAGCAAACAGCGUUGCCCGGUCAUUGUCUGUUGCGGUAAGCAAACGCUACUUUUGGACCGACUCAAGGGAUGUCCUUUGCUGGCUGAACUCCGAUCAUCGAAGGUACAGUCAGUUUGUAGCAUUCCGGGUAAGCGACAUCUUGGAGACGACUGAUGCGAAAGAAUGGCGUUGGGUUCCAACCAAACUGAACGUAGCCGACGAAGGAACCAAAUGGACGCGCCAACCUAAUCUCAGUGCCUCCAGCCGUUGGUUUCAAGGACCGGAAUUCCUACGAAAACCUCAAGAAGAGUGGCCAUCUCCCUCCCAUCAUGGACCGACGGACACAGAGAUUAGAGCGCAUCUGUUAGUGCACGUUUCUACGACCGAAUCCAUUAUAAACCCGCAGAAUUUUUCGAAUUGGACCACCAUACUACGUACAACGGCGUUCGUGUUCCGGUAUAUAUCCAAUUCUCGGCGGAUGACGAAGCAACGAACCGGAGGACCGUUGACGCAGCAGGAGUUAGCAAGAGCAGAGAACUUUCUGUAUCGCCUUGCCCAGAGUGACGAGUACGCAGAAGAAAUGGCUAUCCUUUUUAAUAAUCGCUUGUGUGAAACGGAUAAGCAAAGUAUACCCAAGAGCAGUUCUAUUGCUUUUUUCUGCCCUUUUCUCGAUGAAUCCGACGUAUUAAGGGUUCGGGGCCGAACUGGUGCCUGCCCGAUGAUCGACUACGACGCAGUUAAUCCCAUCAUACUUCCUCGUACCCAUCAUGUCACACAUCUGAUUCUGCUUCAAUAUCACCGCAAAUAUCAUCAUCAAAACCACAACACUGUUCUCAACGAGAUUCGCCAACGAUACAGAAUCCCACGUCUGAAGUCCACAUACAACACAAUUCGUAAGCAGUGCCAGGAAUGCAUGAAUGAUAGGGCAAUGCCACAGCCUCCAGCAAUGAGUGACCUUCCGGCAGCCCGUCUUGCUGCCUUUUCUCGCCCGUUCACGCAUAUGGGGGUGGAUUACUUCGGUCCGAUAUUAGUCACCGCCAACCGAAAAACUGAGAAACGCUGGGUACUACUAGCUACUUGCCUGACCAUCCGCGCCAUCCACUUGCAAGUCGCUCACACUCUCACUACCGAUUCCUGCAUUAUGGCUAUACGAAACGUCAUUGGUAAGAGGGGUACGCCGGCAGUCAUCUAUAGUGACCAAGGUACCAACUUCCGGGGUGCUAGCAAGGAGUUGGAGGCUUCUAUGGAGAAUCUUGACUUUGAACGGUUAAAGACCGAGUUCACGACUCCCCACACUACAUGGAUCUUCAACCCACCAGCCUCCCCGCAUAUGGGUGGAGCAUGGGAGCGCCUAAUUCGCACGGUUAAGCAAAAUCUUAACAAGCUGUUGCCGAGCCGUUCACUGUCAUAUGAAGUUCUUGAGAACCUUCUCAUCGAAGUGGAAAAUGUGGUCAACUCCCGGCCGCUAACAAGUAUCCCGGUGGAAGAUGAUGAAUCCCCGGUACUCACCCCAAACCACUUUCUACUUGGAUCGUCCAAUGGUUUGAGAUCGUGGGUGCCUCUUGACAGUAGCCCCGCGGCACUCAAAAACUGUUGGCACCUCUCUCAGAGCUUGGCCAACCAAUUCUGGACCCAAUGGUUGCGAGAUUACCUACCGACUAUCACACGUCGAACCAAAUGGUUUAACCCAGUAAAGCCCAUUGAAGUUGGCGACAUAGUUGUCAUUGUGGAUCCAAGCCAUCCGCGCAAUUGUUGGCCGAAGGGACGUAUAAUAUCUACGAAGUGCGGAGUUGACGGUCAAGUAAGGUGGGCCACCGUCCAGACUACAAGCGGCAUAUAUGAGCGUCCAGCCGUGAAGCUCGCCGUACUUGACGUGGGCGCGUAUAACGAUACACCUCUGGAUAACCACCGGUGCAUCCCGGGGGGGAGUGUUGAUUCCGCCACGUCCAGAGAUUCGACGAGCCCCAACGUCCCCAAUGCUAUGAACGUGAACGUGUCCACACCUAACCAUUUGAAGAGGAUUGUCGAACUUGUCAAAGGUCAUAGAGUGGGAACACAAUAG